AUGUCUAGUCAUUCACAGAGUCGAGAUGAACAGAAGCAUCUCAUCCAGAAGCGUUUGGAGGACAGAAGUCGAGCCAAACUAACUUCUUCAGCUGGAGACUAUGACGAUAAUACUUCAAUUGGCGGAGAUACGAUUGAUCCGACCUCGUCACCAUCAAGCACUGCCGUAAACGAUUCUACCUUUGACAGCAAAGGCCUUGACCUGCCUAUAAUCACUAACCCCCGAUAUGAGAACAAGUCUCCAGGCCUUCUGUAA